AUGCCUCAUCCAUCUAAAAAAAAAAAAAAUUAUCCAGAUGAUAACUUUGAAUGUGAGUUUUUGGAUUUUGGGCCUGAUGUUGACAAAAGUAAUCGUCCAAGUAAUGAUUUUGAUUGCGAAUUUUAUGUCAAUAAGGAUGAAAGCUAUACAACAAGUGAAAAUCAUAGAAAUGCCUUGCUUAAGCUCAUAGAGAUAAAUCUUGGAUUUGAUCCGCCCCCAACAAUUCAUGUGAACACAGCUUAUAAUUAUUUGAAAGCACUUGGUUAUGAAUUUUCUCAAACAAAAAAGAGGAUUUAUGUUGAUGGACAUGAACGGGAUGAUGUUAAUAUAGAAAUAGAGAUGUGGCUGGAGUUAUCUCCUGGAAAAAAACUUUAUAUACUUGUUAUAUAUGAUAAAUGUGUAUUUUCUUUAUAUAAUGAUAUAUGCAGACAUUUAAAGCUAGAUGCAAGCUCUCCAAAUUAUCCCAAGAAAGCAUGUGUUAUUAUAACUCCAGAAUGGUUCCCCGGAGCAGUUGCAGUCUUCGCUUUUGAUAAUGCAACUAGUUAUGCAACUUUUGCACCUGAUACUCUUGUUGCAAAAUGA